AAUUAAUACUCUAUUGCAACGUCUACUAUCAAUAGAAUCCUAAACAGACAUGAAAGUGAACAUGCCACAAAUAUACUGCAUAUGUACCUCAAACCCACCGAAACUAACCCUACCCUACACCACAUACAAGAAAAAUAGACAAGAACGAAAAGCAAGCUUCUGUUGCAAGGCUGAUUGCAUGUAUUUAAAAACAUCUCUUUCUGCUCUCUUUUCCCAUUUAUUUCUUCCAUUUCAAGCCAGACAGACGGACUCCCAUACGCCGUUCGUUGCUCUUUUCUUUCAUUCUUUCAUUCUUAUUACUUUUUCCUCCUUUUCAUUAUUUGGGGUUCGUUGGGUUCGGUCUUCGUAAGGUCCUAUCCGUCCCUUAUGAUGCUCAAUUUUUCGGGGUGAUCAUUGAUGAGGGUGCGUAUUGGCAGGAAUCCUUGUAGGUAGGCUUCCAUCCAUACAACAUGACUUCCCCUGGGUUGACACAAGAACCGGAUAUGGACUGGAAACAUAUCAUAUA